AUGAAUAAGAAAUUUAUUAUUUCAUUACUUCUCGUUACACUUCUUUUAUCAGUAGAAGCUGCUAAAGUCACAUAAGAAAAGACUAAGCAAGUAGAAACUGAAUAAAACGAACAAGAAUAAUCACAAAAAUCUAAAAAUAAGGAAGAAAAGACUAAGAAAGAAAAGGUUUAAACCAAGCAAGUAGAAUCAGAAUCUGAAAAGACAGUCAAAGAACCCUAAUAAGAAAAAGCUUCUAAGCAAGAAAAGGAAUAAAAAGCUCCCAAGGAACCAAAGGCUCCCAAGGAAGAAAAGACCCAAAAGCAAGAAAAGGCACCUAAAGAAGUUAAGGAACCCGAACAAAAAGAAGAAGCUCAAAAGACUGCAACUGAAACUGUCUAAAACAAAGAACAAAAGGUUGAAAAGCAAGAAAAGGCCCCCAAAUAAGAAAAAUAACCCAAGGAAGAAAAGGUUAAAACCCCUAAGGAAGAAAAGGCCCCCAAGGAAGAAAAGGCCCCCAAGGAAGAAAAGGCCCCCAAAGAAGAAAAGGCUCCUAAGGAAGAAAAGGCUCCUAAGGAAGAAAAGGCUCCUAAAGAAGAAAAGGCACCUAAAGAAGAAAAGGUUAAGGCUCCCAAGGAAGAAAAGGUUAAAACUCCUAAGGAAGAAAAGCCCCCCAAAGAAGAGAAAGUGAGAGUUCCUAAAAUCGAAGCCCCCAGAAAUUUCACUCAAGAAGUAAUUGGUAAAGUUGCUAAGCAUGCUUUCUGGAACGGUGUUUUGGAUACUUAAUACUUAGCUUCCUACAAAUUAGCAGGAUACAAGAAGGUUAACUGCCAAUAAAAUGAAUUCAGCAAAAUUUAAGCACCUGUCUCUGCUGCUAAGAAUCUCUGCUAGAUCAAUCAAUACAAUGCUACUCUUGAAAACUAAUGGCAAGUUUGGAACUCAAAUUCUACCACAGAAAGUGGAAGAUUCAGAUUCUCUAAUAAUGGAACUCUUUGUGAACAAGAAUACAACUGGAACUUAUCUGAAGUUAACGGAACUGCUGUUGAAACUGGUUCUUUUGUCUUCUCUAACUCCACUGACACCAUUAAGAUCACCUGCAAGGUCUCUGGUUCUAACAAUGAAACUAGUCAAUGGGAAUCUUUGGCUAACUAUUCAAUCCUUUUGACUGGAGAUAAGAGAGGUGAAGUUUAUGAGAAAAAUUCUACCAGUAAAACUGUUCUCAGCUUAAAUUCUACUGAAAACACCUCCUUCUCUGAAUACGUUGAAGAUACUAUUUUCUUGACUCAAGCUCAACCUUAAAACGGUUAAACUUUCCUCACAAGAGCUUCUAAGGGAGACAACAAAAUCAACAGAGGUCACAACACCCGUACUGUUUUGAAUAACGGAAAUAGCACUGUUGAAGAAAGAAAGUGGAAUAAAUCUAAAGUCAUCCUUGAUUUCGUUGAAAACUACUCUGAAGGCCAAAGAUUCGGAAGUGAACACUCCAAGGUCAAGAGUGAAACUCACUCUAUCACUGCUUCUGGAGUUGUUAUUCAAGACAGUGGUCUUACUUCUGAAAGAUCCAGAUAAUAUUACAAGCAAACCUUUGGUCCUAACGCCAAUAACAUCGACUAUAACGAUGUUGGUCACGACAGAAAGUGGAAGAAUAACAGUGUCAGACCUGAAAAGAAUGUUGAUAUUCCUGGUAAUUUUAUUUCUAUCAUGUUUGAGCAACUUAUUAAAGAAUUUGUUUUAAUUAAAAAUAGCCAAUUGGAGUGUUAACGGUACUUAUGCUGUUCCUGCCUAAUAGAACUUAAACAACUUCAAAAAUAAGAAAAUCGAUCUUUGAACAAAUAAAAAAUUUUAAUAAUUGUUAUUACAUCAUUUAAAUUUGAUCUGAUUGAUUAAUAAUAUAAAUUUAUUCAAAAUAAUGUAUCUAUAAUUUAUAAAUAAAUAAAUAAAUCUAUCUAUUUAUCAUAUUAGUAUUGCUUAUUCAAAUUAAUAUUUUAAAAAUUAAAACCUCAAAAAUUUCGAUCAUUACAAUUAUCAACCUCUUUGAAUUCACAUUUUAUCUUUUAAACUCGCUUUAAAUAUUAUUUUUAAUUUAAUACAUUUUAAAUAAUUAAUUAUUGGUAUUUUUUGUUAGUUGUCUAGCAGAUUUUUUUAAUUAGCAAAUUAAUAGGUAGAAUCUUUUAUGAAGUUAUGCUUUUCAGAAAAAUAAUUAUAACUUUUUCAACCUAAUAUUGA